CGCACCAAACAUCUUCCUGGUUUGACGUGGAGAAGAUUGUUUACAAUGUCAGAGAAUAAAGUCGAAAUGUCAACUGAAACCGCUUUAAUUCAAAACAGUGGCAAUGUGCCUUGUCAGCAGAAUAACCCACUGUCUAGGAAACUCAAUAAAAUUCUAGAGACUAGGCUAGAUAAUGACAAGGAGAUGUUGGAAGCUCUGAAGGCUCUGUCGGUGUUCUUCACAGAGAACAGUCUUCGGACCCGCCGGAACCUGCGGGGAGACAUCGAGAGACGGAGCCUGAACAUCAACGAAGAGUUUGCCAGGAUAUUUAAAGAUGUCAAAGAGGAGCUUGAGAGUGUGCACGAGGACGUCCAGGCCAUGAGCACCUGUUGUGAAGAGAUGACCAGCAGAUUGAAGGCAGCCAAGGAUCAGACCCAGGACCUGAUAGUGAAGACCAACAAGCUGCAGGGAGAGAAUCAUCGUUUAGAGGUGCGGUCCCAGGUGGCUCAGGCCUUCCUGUCUAAGUUCCAGCUGUCCUCUGAAGAGAUGGACACACUACGAGGGGCAAGAGACGCACCCGUCACGGAGGACUUCUUCAAGGCUCUGAGCAGAGUGAAGAACAUCCAUGAAGACGUCAGGAUUCUCCUGAGGACCAACCAGCAGACGGCAGGGCUGGACAUCAUGGAGCAGAUGGCUGUGUUACAGGAGUCGUCCUACGAACAGCUCUAUCGCUGGACACAGAAUGAGUGCCGUGGUCUGACCCAGGAGUCCUGUGACAUCAGUCCAGUGCUUAGUCAGGCUCUCUUUUUCUCUCCUUCAGGACCUUCCUCUGUUCUCUACAAGUAA